CACCAACACCACGCAUCGCCAUGGCUGACACGAACGACAAUCGCUUCGUGGCAAAAGCGGCUGACGUGGAAGACCGCCUCAAGGCCGACACCGUGGGCCUUGUAACCCUCGAUGACUUUCGCAAACGCCGCGCCGAAGCAGCAGAGGGCGGAAGCGGGGCCACAACACCAGAUGGCCGUGAAGGAACGCCAAAAUCUACAUCAUCCAGCAUAGCCGCCGGCGAUCCCUUCAAGAAGCGCAAAAAGUCUGCCCCAAAGAAAGGCGGCCUAUCCUUCGCCAACGACGACGACGAUGAAGACUCCACCACCGAGAAAUCGCGACUCGACGAGGACGACUGGGCCAGUGUAGGCGCUACACCACUCGCAGGAACCCGCGCAACAACACCAGCUGGCAACCCACCCUCCGAUCCCGAAUCCACAACAUUCAAAAAGAAACCCCUGCGGCCCAAUGCUUCUGUCUCACUCGCACCUAAAGCCCUUACGAAGUCAGCUUUGCUCAAAGAAGCUGCCCUCAAAGAGUCUCUGCGGAAGGAAUACCAUCAGAUACAAGAAGCCGUUAAAGCGACAGAAUUUAUACUACCAUUUGUGUUCUAUAAUGGCAAGAAUGCAACAGGGGGCAAAGUGCGCUUGAAAAAGGGAGAGCAAAUUUGGAAGUUCUUGGAACGAGCGAGGAAAGUGGGUGCGGAGAGUGGAGAGACAGGACGAAAAGAUUGGGCGAGAAUUUCAGUGGACGAUCUGAUCAUCGUGAAGGGAGAUUUGAUCUUGGGACAUCACUAUGACUUCCACUACUUCAUGCUGAAUAAGAACGUGGGCUACCACGGGCGACUCUUCAGCGAUGCAUUCUCUGCCGAGCCUACGACAGCGACACCGAAACAUCUACUCCCCUCGAAAGGCGCGACCGAUGCCGAACAGGGAGAAGCCUCGACUCCUCGACCCGCUACCUCAUCCGACCCCGCGACCGAAAUCUCAGGCGUACAAACCGCUGCCCAACUCCGCCAGCAGAAAGCCCGAGAAUUAGCUUCUGCCCUGCCCGACUCUGAACUCGAAGGGUUCGACGAGGAUCCCACCUUGACGAAAGUGGUGGAUCGGCGAUGGUACGAGAAAAAUAAACACAUCUACCCCGCGAGUAGUUGGGAAGAGUUCGAUCCAGAGAGAGAAGAGGAGUAUAAGAAGGGUGUCAGGAAGGACCGAAAUGGAAAUGCCAUGUUCUUUUCCAGAUAGUGGUCAGGCCGGUGCAGUGAUGGUCGUUCGUGGAUAGCAGGGCCGGUGCCAUAGCCCUUGGAUAUGCCGUGCUGUGGGCCGGUAUGGUAUCACCUCCCCCGUGAUACGCUCCUUUGGACACAAGAGAGUCCUCGAAAACUUCCUGGACAUCCUUCAGAUUGGUAUGACAAUAUUGGAAAAUUGUCUCCUCCUUGGAGCAAAGAUCUCUCCUCCCAACUUCAACCACUUCCGAAGAACCACCAGAUUCCCAAAAUUGUCCACAAAAUCAAGCUGAUCGGAUUGAGCAAGAAUAAAACCACCAGAGGCGUUGGGGCGAACAGAGCCAUCACCACGUUCUGUGCGCAUUUCCCCAUGUAUACUUCAAACUUCUUGCUCCGUGUCUGCAACUUUUUUGCGAAAUCCUCGAGCGUCAAUUCUCCUUCUUUGCUAUACCAGCCUGGACUUCCUCUGCUCGAAGAUCGUCGGGAGCCAGGGCGAGAAGAACUCGGCGAGGAAGGAGCUGAGGAGACAAUGGUAGAUGUAAGAGAAGGCAUCGUUUCGGAGAAAGAGUAAGAUCUCGAGAAUGAAAAACGCUGUGUUCGAACUUCGGCGGGGUACUCCGUAUAUGCUGCACGGCCGAGUGAAGGUCUUUGUGUCUUUGCUGACUUCGUGGCCGGCAGGUGUACUAUGCUGAUAAGAUCUCUUGAGUCUGUAGGUAAAGACCGUAUGUAGGCAUCCGUUUUGCCGUUCAAGACGAGGGAGAGUGUGUUCAUCUUGGAAGUUGCGAGGGGGUCGGUGCGGUUAUAUCGCUUCUUCCUCGUAUCGCGUGUGGUUUGGUGUAGAGUAGCUCGAUUGAGCCCAAGUGUGGGUCACCCCGGUUCGACUGGUGUCACGCUUUCGCUGGCGGAGGGAUUUUUUCGCUGUUA